AUGGUAGCGCAACAGGCGUCCCUCCCGAACACAUCAGUCGCGGCUGUGGGGGGUCAGCACGCCACAACUCCUUCCACCUCCUCGUUCAAACCGACUGGUUGGAUCCGCUCUAAUUCCCGUUCGAAGCCCUCCGCCGCUGUCUUGGCUGAUCGUACCAACCUUCCGCCUACAUCACGGCAUACACCAGCACGCUCUGUAUCCAAGACUCCCGUAUCCAAGACUCCCGUAUCCAAGACUCCCGUAUCCAAGACUCCCGUAUCCAAGACUCCCGUGUUAGCACCAGCAUCGGUGCAGAGUGUGCCCAGUCGAACACCAAGCACUGGGGCAAAGGGAGCGAGUGGAAAGCAGCAGAAGUUAUCAAGCUUCUUUGCGCCCAAUACGACCGCGAAUCGCCACAGCAGGUCAAAGUCGAUCCUGUAUCAAGACUCGCCCAGCGUCGGCCGAGCACAGCGCAGCCAUAGCAGCAAUGCAAGUGUUCAGCCGAACCUAGCUCGACCUUCUACACUAGCCGUUUUCGAGGAUCAAGAGCUGGAACAACGAGCAGCAUCACUGCUACGAGGCAGGUUUGGAACUAUAUCUCGCUCAUUGAACCCAAGUCGAUCCUCGACGCCGACCAGACCACCAGCUUCUCCCUCUCGACCGCCGCCUGCUGAUCCCCUCACAAUGGCCCGUUCCCCACCAAAACAGCAUUGGCCGCCAAAGACUGCCAACAAAGCAGCAGCACCGAUGACACCACCUCGACUCAAACGCUUUGAACCGCAACAACCGCCUUCAUCGCCCAUGUUUCAUCAGACAUUGAUGCAAGAGUCUCUUUCCAACUUUACUCCUCCUGCGUGGGAGAAUGCGAUAGGCAGUAACAUGGCGCUGUUUCAACGACUAGCCGGUUUGCCGCCGGACGAGAUAAAGGAGUGUGAGAAGAGCAAGAUGGAGGAGGAGCUGGAGAAGGCUCAUCGCAGGUUGCAGGGUCGUUCGCCAACCGCGGCGCGGAGGAAGGAUGAGGGGAAGAAGAACAAGAUCGGUUCGCCGUUGAAAAAGCGUCUACCUACAACGGCAGAAAGGGUUCAGCGAGCAGCAGCGCUAAGUUCAGCUUCGCCAAAGACCAAGGUGAACCUUGAACGUCUGGAGCCAAUUAUGAGGUCCCCAAGGACGAAUAGGCGGAUCUAUGCGCUUGAGACGCAGCUAGAUCGUGUGCCCAACGGGAGGGCGACUAGUCUACAGCCGCUCGGUCUACUCGACACGGAUCAAGGGUUAGGGCAACGUAGAGCCGUAUCAGAGGCUAGAUGCAAUGGUGCAGAGACGUCUAGACACAACUCGAUACUUCCAGCAACGAUGCAAGAGGAUUCGGUGGAGGAAGACUCGGAGACGCAGCCACUGCUGUGGCCGGAAGAGUCCGAGACGCAGCCACUUGCCUGGCCUGACGAAGCAGAAAAGUCGCCACCUCCCGCCAUAGCUCCACCGGAAGCAAAUGGAGUGCAGACUAAAGAGGCGCAGCUCCUAGCAUGGGACGAUGUACAAGAACCCGACCCUGCAGCACCCGUGUUUGCCGCUCCGACAGCUGGUGUCACCACCCUCGCCCCGCACCUUCGCCCAGCGAUCACAGAAGUCCCAACAUCAGACGACGAAGACCUACUCCUCCAACGAAUUGCCAUCUCCUCUUCCUCCUCCUCCUCCUCAGCAUCUCGUUCUAAUAACCCCACCUCAUCAUCGCUACACCCUGCCUCUCCGGCACAUAAACGACGUCGAAUUGAUCUCAACCAAUCCAGCUCAUCACCUGCACUCUCUCGCACCCCACUCCGACUGGCCAAAGUGAGCCCAAUCACUCUCACCCCCACUGCAGCCAGACAGAUGGAGGGAUUGGGUCGGUUCGAUCGCGUAGUUGCAGCAUUACGAAAAGAAGAACGGAGACAAAACACGGGUUUGCAACUCCACCUCAACUCCUUCCUCAUUUCUACUUCUACUCAACAAAGGGAUAGAGUGAGGGAAGAGGGCAAGAUGGAUGAGAGAAGGGCGGGAUUGAGUGCGGGUUUGUCUGAUGAACUUUCAGACGACGAAGGAGUGGACACAACUAUCACCCAUAUAGCGAAAGCAGAAAAACACGGGGAGGGAGAUGAAACUCAACCUUUACCCUGGUCCACACCUUGCUCCCCAACCGAAAGACCGGCUCUAUUAGCACUACAAAUGUCAUGCCAACCUUCACCGCCAACUCGGGGAAGGUAUACAGGUACAAGUAGCAGUAGCAGCAGCAGUGGUGGGAGCGGGAUGAUCAGUUUUCCUAGUGAAAGCAAUUUAAGAGACGCGGGCGGAAGUGAGCUAGUUUCUUUCAUUGAUCGGUUGUAA